GUCCAUUUCAACCUGCUCACCUCGUUCCAAAACCCUUCGUGUGGCGUCUGUAUCAGUAUUAUCCUCAGAAAUGUUCUUGCUGGUCAAGUAAACACAUUGUUGUGCCGAAUAGUCAAGCCCGAUUCUCUAGACUUCUCACUAUGGCACCACCAGGGCGCAGGAAGUUCUCCUUCCUAACUCUACUACCUUUCCUCAUCCUUUUCCUACUGUCUAGCAGUGCACAUGCUGCGUCGGCGGUGCUAGGAAUUGAUUUGGGCACUGAAUAUUUCAAAGCAGCCAUCGCGAAACCUGGCAGUCCGAUCGAGAUUGUUUUGUCCAAAGACUCGAAGAGGAGGGAAGCAGCUACACUAGCCUUCAAGCCAGUCAGAGCGCAGGGGAGUGAUAAUGAGGUCUUUCCCGAGAGACUUUACGGCGGAGAUGCCGUGGCACUGUCUGCUAGAUUCCCCACGGAUGUCUACCCUAACCUGAAAACUCUUCUGGGCGUCGAGGUAUCUGCGGACACGAUCAAGAAGUACUCGGCAAGAUAUCCUGGGUUGGACAUUGAACCGGUACCUAGGACCGAGGAUGCCGGUACCGUGGGUUUUAAGAGUCACAGCUUCGGCAAGCGGAACGAGGUGUUCAUGGUCGAAGAGUUGCUUGCGAUGCAGUUGAAGAACAUCCGGAGCAACGCAGAAGCCAUGGUGGCCAAAGGGACGUAUAUCACCGACGUGGUCAUUACAUACCCUGCUUUCUACACAGCUGAGGAGAAGCGAGCUAUUGAGUUGGCAGCGGAUCUGGCAGGAAUGAGGGUACUAGGGUUGAUCAGUGAUGGACUUGCCGUUGGACUCAACUAUGCCACUCAUCGCACUUUCGACAGCGUCUCGGAAGGCGGGAAGCCGGAACACCACCUUGUUUAUGAUAUGGGAGCUGGUUCGACUACGGCAACCGUGCUCAAAUUCCAGGGUAGGACGGUCAAGGGAUACAAUAAGCGCAAUCAAACCAUUCAAGAGGUGAUCGUACUGGGUACGGGAUUCGAUACAACACUUGGUGGAGAUUCACUGAACGAUUUCAUUGUCGAGGAUAUUGUCACACAAUUCUUGGACUUUCCUAAAGCACAGAAGCUGGGCCUCGAAAGUGCCCAAGUACGGAGUCAUGGGAAAACCAUGGCGAGGAUCUGGAAAGAGGCCGAACGAAUGCGGCAGCUUCUCAGCGCAAAUGCAGUAUCCUCGGCUACGUUUGAAGGGCUCUACGAUGAUGAGAUCACUUUUAAGUACAGCAUUACGAGGGAGAAGUUUGAAGACCUCACUGCGGAUCAUGCCGCCCGAGUUGGCUCACCACUCGCAGCUGCUCUGGCGUCCGCGGGUCUCACACUUGACGAGGUUGAUUCGAUCAUUAUCCAUGGCGGUGCUGUCAGGACCCCCUUCGUUCAAAAGCAACUUGAGAAGGCAGCAGGCGGAUCUGGGAAGCUGAAAGCCAACGUCAACGCCGACGAGGCUGCGGUGAUGGGUGCUGGGUUCAAAGCGGCGUCUCUGAGCCCCAGCUUCCGAGUCAAGGACAUUCGCGACACUGACAUCGCUGGAUCUGCUGUCAUCUUGAAGUGGACCCACGACCAGAAGGAGAAAUCUCAGAAGCUAUUUAAUCCUUCGUCCCAAGUCGGUGCUGAGAAGCAGGUUCCUGUCAAGGCUCUUGAGGACAUCAAACUGAGCUUCAUUCAAACAGUCGGCGACAAGGAUUUGCCGGUUCUCGACGUUGAAGCGACCAACUUGACCAAAUCCGCAGUGUUACUGAAAGACAAGCAUGGAUGUAGCGCUGCUAAUAUCAGCACAAUUUUCGCCGUUCGUCUGAGUCCCUCCAACGGGCUGCCGGAAGUCGUGUCAGGAUCGGUGAGCUGCGAGGCCAACAGUACCAAGUCGGGAACUGUCAUGGAUAAUGUCAAAGGUUUGUUCGGCUUCGGCUCGAAGAAGGACGAGGAACAACUAAUCCUCAAAGACGAGGCUGGAAUCGAUGAAGACUCGACGACAAUGACCCCGUUACCGGUGUCUGAUCCAACCAGUUCAGGAUCAACUGUGUCUGAGGCGUCGGCAACAACUACGGGCUCUUCGUCUGCCAGCCCUCCAACCAAACCUGGAAAGGCCACAGCUUCGAUCGUUUCGAUUCCUCUAGCGUUGAAGCCAAUCGUCGUGGGUCUCAAUGCACCACCUACAAAGGCUCUGCCGAAAGUACGACAGAGGUUGACUCAAUUUGACACCUCGGAUCGGAAUGCGGUGCUUCGUGCCGAAGCGUUGAAUACUCUCGAAGCUUUCACAUAUCGAGCCCGAGACUACCUUGAGGAUCAAUCAUUCAUUGGGGCAUCAAGCGAAUCAACGCGAAAGGCCUUGGAGAAACAGCUCGCCAAUAUAUCCGACUGGUUAUAUGGCGAUGGUGCGGAUGCGAAAGCUGAAGACUUCAAAGACAAAUUGAAGGAUCUUAAAAGCCUGGUUGACCCUGUUUUGAAGCGUAAAGAUGAGACAGUCAAGCGACCUGAUGCCAUCAAGGCGUUGAAUGAAGGUCUAGAAAACAUGAGUGGCAUGAUCAAGAUGGUGGAAGGAAACAUCCAGAAAGCGGCCGAACAAGCAGCAUCAAGCGCUAGCUCGGCAGCAUCCUCUGUGGCGUCUAGUGUCACUGCUACGCCUUCUUCGUCAGUAGCAGAAGGCGAUGACCUAGAAAACGAUCCUUACAGCACAUCGUCAGCGGCUGAAGCAGCUGAAACAGAGGAACCACCGGCGAUGAAACCUUAUGAAUACACAAAAGAGGAUCUGGCGUCGUUGACGACAAAGUACGAAGCCGUCAAGGCAUGGCUUGAAGAGAAGAUGGCACUUCAGGACAAGCUGGGACCGCACGAUGACCCAGCUUUUCUGGUGUCGGAGCUGGAGACACGAGGUCAAGAACUGCAGAAAGCGGUUUCGGAGGUGAUUAUGAAAACCAUCAAAUUCAAGGACGUGCCCCGGAAGCCCAAGGGCAGUAAGAAGGCUAAGGGAAAGGCGAAGAAGAGCAAGUCUUCUAGUGAGACAGUGAGCAAGUCCGCUGGGAGCUCCUCGACCACAUCCUCGACCACAUCCUCGACCACAUCCUCGUCGACGUCAACGAAGAGCGUCAAGGACGAAUUGUAG